GCUGUGGGGAGGCCGCCCGGGCGAGCUCUAGCAGCAGGGUGCUGCGCUCUCUCCCCUCCCUCGCGCGCGCGCACACACCCCGCCGCGCCUGCCGCUUCCCGCCUCGCUCGACUCCCUCCAUAGUGGGAGCGACACCUCCCCCCCCCCGCCCUCGCUCACCGCCGCGCGCGUUUACACGGCUGCGGCGGCCGCCUCAGCCAGCAGCAACAACCGUGCCCACCGCCACUUGCUCUUUCCUCCAGCCCCAGCGGCACGUUGGGAGUUUAUUCUCCUCAAGCAGUUUCUUCCCGCGCCGAGGGUAGGGUGGCUGGGUUGCCUUUUUUAAUUUUUAAUUUUUUUGAGGGGGUGCUGUGGAGAAGGAAGGAAGGAGCUCGCGCGCCAAGAUGUUGCUCAGGCGUCCCUCUUAUGGAAGUUAAGGGAAGCAACUCCGCAGCUUGAAGUGAUUUUGAGGAGGUGGGGGGGGGGGGUUGGAAGAGGAAGAAAAUGAGAAGCAGGAGAGUUAAGCCAAGCCCAUGAUUUCGCUCCCUCCUUCCCCGCCUUUUCCUCAGAGCGCCGAGAACUUUGAGCGAGGUGGUGGCGGCGGGAGGGGACGCACUUUCUAGGAAACGUAUCUGCUUUCAAAGUCUCUCUCGUCUGCCGAAGAGAUCCCCGGGCUCUGGAUUGCAAUGGAGAGUCUUAGCCACACUUGAACAAUUCCUCUGCCUCCGCUGGAUUGGUGGGAAUUUCGGAAGCGGAGCCAGCGCGCCGAGCCGGGAGCGGUGCCCCCUCUUCUUCCCUCGCUCUCCCCCUCGCGCUGCUAAUCUGCAUGGAGCUCAAAGUGUCCCAUUCAAGCCUCUUUCUCGUCGCUGCUCUCCGGGCUCCUUCCACGUAUCCUUAGGUUGUAGGAGAAUCUCAACUUUUGGGACUACUCCCCCCCCUCUAUUUUUUUCUCCCUCUCCCUGGAAUUGGAUUGCCUUUGAAUAUGUUAAAAUGGGGCUGCUGACGCCACUCCUGCUGCUUGGAUUUGUCUCUUUUCAAGUUGAUGGCUCUCGUCUUCGCCAGGAGGACUUUCCACCUCGAAUUGUAGAGCAUCCGUCAGAUGUAAUCGUUUCUAAAGGAGAGCCAACGACUCUGAACUGCAAAGCUGAAGGAAGGCCAACUCCCACUAUUGAGUGGUAUAAAGAUGGAGAGCGUGUGGAGACUGACAAAGAUGAUCCCCGCUCACACCGCAUGCUGCUCCCUAGUGGAUCUUUAUUUUUCUUACGAAUCGUACAUGGACGCAGGAGUAAACCAGAUGAAGGAAGUUAUGUAUGUGUUGCAAGGAACUAUCUAGGAGAAGCUGUGAGUCGUAAUGCUUCGCUGGAAGUAGCACUGCUACGGGAUGAUUUCCGACAAAAUCCCACAGAUGUUGUUGUGGCAGCAGGUGAACCAGCUAUUUUAGAGUGCCAGCCUCCUCGAGGACAUCCUGAGCCCACUAUCUACUGGAAAAAAGACAAAAUCCGAAUAGAUGACAGAGAAGAGAGAAUCAGUAUAAGAGGUGGGAAGCUUAUGAUUUCGAACACAAGAAAGAGUGAUGCUGGAAUGUAUACAUGUGUUGGCACCAAUAUGGUGGGAGAACGGGAUAGUGACCCAGCAGAGCUCACUGUCUUUGAACGACCCACAUUUCUCAGGAGACCAAUCAACCAAGUGGUUUUGGAGGAAGAAGUUGUAGAAUUCAGAUGCCAGGUACAAGGGGAUCCUCAGCCAACAGUGCGUUGGAAGAAAGAUGACAAUGACUUGCCAAGAGGAAGAUACGACAUCAAAGAUGACUACACCUUGCGUAUUAAAAAGGCAAUGAGCACAGAUGAGGGGACCUAUACAUGCAUAGCGGAGAACAGAGUUGGAAAAGUUGAAGCCUCUGCUACACUAACUGUUCGAGCUCGCCCUGUUGCACCUCCACAGUUUGUGGUAAGGCCACGCGAUCAGAUUGUUGCUCAGGGCCGAACAGUGACCUUUCCAUGUGAAACGAAGGGAAAUCCCCAGCCAGCUGUGUUUUGGCAAAAAGAUGGCAGCCAGAAUCUUCUUUUUCCAAACCAGCCUCUCCAGCCCAACACCAGAUAUUCUGUGUCACCAACAGGGGAUCUCACUAUUACAAAUAUUCAGCGGUCUGAUGCGGGCUACUACAUCUGCCAAGCGCUUACCGUUGCUGGAAGCAUUUUAGCGAAGGCUCAGUUGGAAGUUACAGAUGUUUUAACAGACAGGCCGCCACCCAUCAUUCUUCAAGGGCCUGUGAACCAGACAUUGGCAAUAGAUGGAACAGCUUUGCUAAAGUGCAAAGCUACUGGUGACCCCAUGCCUGUUAUCAGCUGGUUAAGAGAAGGAUUCACUUUCCUGGGCAGAGAUCCAAGGGCAUCUAUGCAGGACCAAGGAACCUUGCAAAUCAAACCUUUACGAAUAUCAGACACUGGCACCUACACUUGUGUUGCCACAAGUUCAAGCGGGGAAACAUCUUGGAGUGCUGUGCUAGAUGUGACAGAAUCUGGAGGAGCAGCCGUCAGCAGAAAUUAUGAUUCAAAUGACCUCCCUGGACCACCAUCCAAGCCUCAGGUCAUGGAUGUCACUAAGAAUAGUGUCACCUUGUCUUGGCAGCCAGGCACCCCUGGAAACCUCCCAACUAGUGCAUAUAUCAUUGAGGCUUUUAGUCAGUCGGUGAGCAAUAGCUGGCAAACAGUUGCUAACCAUGUAAAAACAACACCUUACACUGUGAGAGGACUCCGUCCAAACACCAUCUACCUGUUUAUGGUGAGAGCUAUCAACUCACAAGGUUUGAGUGAUCCCAGCACCAUGUCAGACCCUGUCCGAACACAAGAUAUCAGCCCACCAGCGCAAGGCGUGGAUCACAGGCAGGUGCAAAAAGAGCUUGGGGAUGUCAUUGUGCGGCUUCAUAAUCCUGUUGUGCUAACCCCUACCACUGUCCAAGUGACCUGGACGGUUGACCGCCAAUCACAAUUUAUUCAAGGUUAUCGAGUCAUAUAUCGCCAAACAUCAGGCCUACCUUCCCCUUCUGCAUGGCAGACCCUAGAGGCCAAAGUUCCCACAGAGCGCAGUGCUGUCCUAGUCAACUUGAAGAAAGGAGUUACUUAUGAAAUUAAAGUUCGGCCAUACUUCAAUGAGUUUCAAGGGAUGGACAGUGAAUCAAAAUCUGCCCGUACCACUGAAGAAGCUCCAAGUGCCCCACCACAAUCUGUUACUGUUCUCACAGUUGGAAACCACAACAGUACCAGUAUAAGUAUUUCCUGGGAUCCUCCACCCCCAGAUCACCAGAAUGGAAUCAUUCAAGAAUACAAGAUCUGGUGCUUGGGUAAUGAAACAAAAUUUCAUAUCAACAAGACUGUUGAUGCAGCCAUUCGAUCUGUUGUCAUUGGAGGCCUGUAUCCAGGUAUUCAAUACAGAAUAGAAGUUGCAGCAAGUACCAGUGCUGGUGUUGGAGUGAAAAGUGAACCUCAGCCCAUAAUAAUUGGAAGUCGUAAUGAAGUUGUCAUCACGGAAAACAACAAUAGUAUCACUGAGCAAAUAACGGAUGUUGUCAAGCAGCCUGCCUUUAUAGCUGGAAUUGGUGGUGCAUGCUGGGUAAUACUUAUGGGUUUCAGCAUCUGGCUGUACUGGCGCAGAAAGAAGAGGAAGGGCCUCAGCAAUUAUGCAGUUCAGUCCUUCACCUUCACCCCUGCAGUUACUUUCCAAAGAGGAGAUGGGGGACUUAUGAGCAAUGGAAGUCGACCAGGCCUGUUAAAUGCAAGUGACCCGAGUUAUCCUUGGCUAGCAGAUUCUUGGCCUGCCACCAGCCUGCCUGUAAACAACAGCACUAGUGGACCAAAUGAUCUUGGAAAUUUUGGACGUGGAGAUGUGCUGCCUCCGGUGCCAGGUCAAGGGGAUAAAACUGCCACAAUGCUUUCUGAUGGAGCCAUUUACAGCAGCAUUGACUUCACUACCAAAACUAGUUACAACAGUUCCAGCCAAAUAACGCAGGCUACCCCAUACGCCACAACACAAAUACUGCAUUCCAACAGCAUCCACGAAUUGGCAGUUGAUUUACCAGAUCCUCAGUGGAAAAGUUCGAUUCAGCAAAAAAGUGACCUAAUGGGAUUUGGUUAUUCUCUGCCUGAUCAGAGCAAAGGCAACAAUGCCUUACUUUACAUCCCUGACUACCGAUUGGCUGAGGGAUUGUCUAAUAGAAUGCCACACAACCAGUCACAGGAUUUCAGCACCACCAGCUCUCACAACAGCUCAGAAAGAAGUGGCAGCCUCUCAGGUGGGAAAGGAGGGAAGAAAAAGAAAAACAAAAAUACUUCCAAACCUCAGAAAAAUAAUGGGUCUAACUGGGCCAACGUUCCACUCCCACCCCCUCCAAUACAGCCUCUUCCAGGCACAGAACUAGAACACUAUGGUGUGGAUCAGCAAGAAGGAGGGUAUGACAGUGAUGGUUGGUGCCCACCUUUACCAGUCCAGACAUAUUUGCAUCAGGGAAUGGAGGAUGAGCUUGAAGAGGAAGAUGAUAGAGUUCCUACACCUCCUGUUCGAGGAGUGGCCUCUUCCCCGGCAAUCUCCUUUGGGCAGCAGUCCACUGCCACGCUCACGCCCUCUCCACGGGAGGAGAUGCAACCUAUGCUUCAAGCCCAUCUUGAUGAACUUACCAGGGCCUAUCAGUUUGAUAUAGCAAAGCAAACAUGGCACAUUCAAAGCAAUACUCAGCCACCCCAGACUCCACUUCCACCAUUAGGAUAUGUGUCUGGAUCUCUAAUAUCAGAUUUGGAAACAGAUAUUCCAGAGGAUGAAGAUGAGGAUGAGGAUGAUAUUGAAGAAGCUUUAGAAAUCACAAGACCACUGAGAGGACUAGAGCAUACUCCAGGCUCUAGCAUGGACAAUCUAGACAGCUCAGUGACAGGUUCACUUGUAAAUGGAUGGGGUUCUGCGUCUGAUGAGGACCGUAACUUUUCUAGUCAUAGAUCUAGUGUAGGUAGCUCCUCAGAUGACUCCAUCUUUACCAGCGGCAGUUUUGCACAAGCUCUGGUUGCAGCAGCAGAUAAAGCUGGGUUUAGGCUGGAUGGAACCAGCCUAUCAAGAACAGGCAAACCAUAUUCCUCUUCUCAGAGGCCUCGGCCAACCAGCCCCUUUUCUACUGAUAGCAACACGAGUGCAGCCCAGAGUCAGAGGCCUAGGCCUACCAAAAAACACAAGGGAGGCAGAGUGGAGCAGCCUCCAUUGCCUCACCGUAGAGAAGGAAUGACAGAUGAUCUUCCACCACCGCCAGACCCACCCCCUGGUCAGGGUUUAAGGCAGCAGAUAGGCCCUGGCCAACGUGGAGGUUCGACAGAGAGAAAAGGAAGCUCUCUAGAACGACAGCAUACAUCCAGCAUAGAUGAAACAAAGAGCUCUUUGGAUCGUCAAGCUAGAACGUCACUAGAGUGGCAGCGGCAAACCCAGGAAUGGAUAAGCUCCACAGAACUUCAAAGCCAGCAAAAACAAGCAUUUGGAUCAGAAGAGGCACUGGUGCCAUAUAGCAAGCCUAGUUUCCCAUCCCCAGGUGGACAUAGCUCUUCAGGUACAGCAUCUUCUAAAGGAUCAACCGGACCCAGGAAAGGCGAGGUCAUGCGGGGAGGUCACCAACGUAACACCAGUGAUCUCAUUGACGUAGGAUAUGUUGGAUCAAGCAGUCAAGGACAGUUUUCUGGCGAAUUAUAGUAGUUGGAACAGAAACAUCUCAAGCUGCUCUCAAGGGCCAUCAAGGUCUGAACUCAUGGAAGUGAUGACACUAAAACAGUGCAAUGAACAUUUUCUUUAUUUAUGUACUUACUUAUUAAAAGAACUGUAAAUGCAAUGUAAAGACACACAGCCACACAUAUCCCACAGAUACUCUACCUGUGUUCUUCUCUAUACUACACCUUCCACCUUAAUCUAUUUCUUAUCAAGCAUAUAUAAAGGAGAGAAAAAAAUCACCCUGCAGGAUGAAACAGUUCCCUUGUAUAUAAUUUCUUUUUAUUGCAUUGCUAUGCAAGCUCACCUUCUUUUUCGCUAUGUUCAUAUUAUUGUCUGUUCUUAUUGGUCUGUUGUAUUAUAUGUGAAUUAAUAGGCUGUGGUGCCAUAUAAUAACUUUUAAUUGUGUAACUUUUUAUGUUUAAAGUUUGCACUGCAAUUUUUUUUUUGUUGGUGAUAAGCACAAAACUCUUACUCCUCGUGACAUGAAGAAGAAGAAGAAAAUAAAAGUCUGAAUGUGAAAGGAGUCUAUGUACUGUAAGCUAUGUUGGAUAAUGCUGGAUGUAAUGAAUUAUGUUAGGUGGUUUUCCAUUGGGUGUAGAAUUAGGAAGAUGACUGGCAAACUGAUGUUAGCAAAGGCUUAUUGGGGCAUCAGGGAUGGAAUCCUAUAUGAAAUAAUAAGCAACGUGUUGCUUUUACCAUUAAAAAAGGGGUCAAAUGAUGGAAGUGUGAGUUUCAAGACCAGGCAAGAACACAAAAGCCUCCUCUCUUCUUAGUAUCAGUUUUCCUUUGUUCAACACAGUUGAUCUUGCUAACAAAGGAAGGAAGUUAAGGUGUUUCACUAAAGCUAUUCUUUAAUAAUAUAGUUUUAAAAAUUACUAUGCUUGAGUCACUCUCCCCUCCAGGAAACAUGAACCAUAUGAGCUAGGAAUACCUAGCAAGAGUUAAAGGUGCAAUUUAUGAUUGAGAAAUCCAAGCUGCUUCCAAAAAAGCUAGACGAUCUUAGUUCAUCUUUCCAAUACAUGUACAGUAGAAUGGAAGGUGUAGAGCUGCAUCACUUGAAAUCCAGGGCAUAAUUGUUUUUAUGCAUUCUAAACAUAUUUUUGUGUUGUAUUAUCUAAAAUUGUCACAAACUGCAACCCAAUUCAUUUGUACCUUAAAUCUUGGGUUAAAAUGUUUGAAAACAAUGGUAAAUUUAUGAUCGGUUUUGAAUUUAAUAUGUCUUUUGCCAAUUCAGUACAUUAUUGGAAACUGGAUAGAAACAAAGAAAAGAAAACAUCUUUGACCUAUUUUUGAUGAGUAAAUUUCAAGCCUCUUCUUAUGAAAACAUGAUGCAUGUUUAUACACUUUUUCAAUAAACCAAACUCUCUGUAAGUGGACAUUAACAAAAGCAUCCUGUCUCAUCAUUAGUUCUCAUGUUUUUCUCCAACUCCUCUACAGUAUUUUUAUUUCUCUGUUAGAAAUACUGUAAAUGUAUAUCAAAUGCAUUAAAUAUUUUGUUUGAAGUUUACAUCACAGAGCUUAUGUCAUUCAGUCACAUCAUUAUUACACACUUGCAUUUAAACACAUUUUACUUACUAUCAGUUCAUGUUGUUUUAAUACUUUGCCUUGGCUCUCACACUGUUGUAAGUGACAUACACUUUUAGGAAAAAAUCUGCUAGCUAUAUGCUGCUUUUUAUUACAUUGCAUUGAGAUUGCUGUUAAGGUAAAACAUUGUCAUUACCAAUUCUAAAUCAGCACUGCAGAUAUAAAAUUAUCUCAUUUACGUAACGUCAGGGCAUUGGCAAACCAAAAAACCCCCCCAUCAAAUCAAGGAUAAAUAUUUUGUGUGUGUAUGUGACCAAGGAAUUUAUGUAAUGUUCCUGCUUAUUGAAAUGCUGGAUAUAGUUAAAGCCAUUAUUUUAUAAAUGUACAGAAAUAUUCAACAAAUGUAUAAAAACUGACAUUUCUUUUCUCUUUCCUAAAUUCAGUAUGUUAAUAUGUUGACACCAUGUUCCAGCAAUAGUAUUCUGGGUACAAACAUUGUUUUCUGUACACAGAUCCAUGCAAUGAAGACACAGUAAGCUGCUACUAAGGGGAGAAGCUCCACAACUCUAGCAACCUAUCUCAGCACCUGACACAGCGGUAUCUGCAAUGGAGAAUAGUCCCCAUGCCCCAACCCUCAAAUCGGAUAGGUGCUAUGCUAGAGAACUGAAUAAAGCACUAAUCCGUUCUUAGACGGAAAUAACAUCAGGGAGCAUUUGAUUCAGUUUGCAUGCCUCUUUCCCCCUUCUUACUUAAUCUGAUGACCACUGCUGUGAGUUUCCUUCAGAAGCCUUGGACAGCACUGGUCAUACUGGGAUGGAAUGGGAACAGCCAUUCCUGGGCUGAGUCUAGAUGCUCCCUUACCCCAACUCCCAUCUUACCUGAGAGAAGGUAUUUGCUCUCCAGUCAGAAUAGUACGUGCCUCAAUUUUUGCUUCUGUGGAUUGCAAUUUUAUAAAGGAUUCAUAUAACCUUUUUU